GACAUGCUCACAGCUCUAGCUACGAAACUGAGUCAGUUUGGAUGUGUCAAAAGCUAAAAUAGUGCGCACGUUCUACGAAAUUCGCGCUGCAUUAAUUUGCGGCGCGGCGCUUCACGCAUGCGCUACGCUCUAAUACUGCGUGCGUAUAUAGCUAUCCAAAAACUUAUUCUCUUUCGACAUAACACUCAUUGUCAAUUUUUGCCUCCUGCAUAUGAGCACUCCCGUCCAGUCUUCUGGAUCUUGGCCAGUAUGGCAUCACUGCCGAGAGUGGAAGUGACUAGCACCUUCUGUCCCUCCAUAUCAAUCUCAAUAUUAGUCACCUCUGGGAGUUUGCCUAGCACCCUGUUGACUGCUCCGGAGCAACCCUCGCAAGUCAUCUUGACGUUGAACACGUGAACCUGAGACAUGGCUGCACAGAAAAAAUCACCACCUUGGUCGAGAGCCAAAAUAUACUAUAUAGCUAUAGCUAUAGAACAAGGGGCGAUCCCGCUUAUAGAAAAGGUGGGCGUAGCUAGUAGUGCUGACUGUGCACCACCUCGUGACCGGUUUGUUGGGAGUAACCCAAAGAGCUCAUAGUGCCAGCGUACUACUACUGUCCACGGAAGACAAUGGCGAACGUGUGGGGUGUCCUUGUGCUAGCCACGCUGAUGGUGGCAGUGUGCAGCGCUCAGAGUCCAGACGAGCCGUGCGUGAAAGACGCCUACCCGCCAGACCCCAAUACUGAAGUACCAACCUACACAGUAGAUCUUGAUCAGGACCCUAAACUGAGGUGGCAAAAACUGGUCACCGACAAGAAAGCCGAUAUUGUGAAGCUGAUUGACUAUGUCCAUUGGCUGUUGUCAUUCAUUGAUCACGGAAAGCUCAUACCAAUUGAGGAGGAUGUUUUUGGUUUGCUGGCAGAUAGUCUCCCUGCUCCGUAUGGUGACGAGAUGAGAGGAAUCAGCGAGUCCAGUGGCCUGCCUCUAGGAGAUGUGGUGUUGUACAACGUGUUUUACGAAAUAUUCAGUGUCUGCACCUCCAUCGUUGCCGAGUCGGAGAACGGGACCCUGAUGCACGUCAGAAACCUUGACUUUGGUCUUCUAAUGGGGUGGGAUAUUCAGAAUGAUACGUGGCCAGUGGCUGAAAUGCUGAGACCUAUCGUGGUCAAUGUGGAAUACAUGAAAGGAGGCAAGCUGGUGUACAAGGCUGUUCACUUUGCUGGCUACAUUGGAAUCCUAUCAGCCAUCAAGCCUGAUGUGUUUACUCUCACAAUGAAUGAAAGCUAUUCUGAGGCAGUGGACAUGUUGGCCAACACUCGUAUGUUGGCUCCAGCCUACUUCAUUGUCGGAGGAACAAAGAGUGGAGAGGGUUGUGUCAUCACUCGGACGCUAGAGAAGGCACUGGACAUAUGGAAGGCAGGGUCGCAUGCGCUGCUCUCAAAGACCCAGAGCUCUAGCAAGAGGCAGACACCAAGUCUGCUGCAGUUGGCCCAGCCUGAGAGCUGGCACCAGCUCCACAGAGACAUACAGGGAAGACUUCGGCAAGGAAGGAGCUCUCCCCCUCACCCCCUGUCCCCUCAGAUCUCUGGAGUGAGUGCUACUGGAGGCCUUAGGGAGAGCCAGCCGCAUAUACCAGUGUUGUCUGAAGCUGUGAAGAACACACUGAGCAAUUCUCCAUGGACCAGAACACACAGACAAGUUCAACAGGCUGCUGUGGAGCUAAGAGUGUGUGGUGAUUUCCGUGACUACCCAGAACCAGUGCAGUACAGCCUGUGCAGAGUUGGGUGGCAUCUCAGUCUCGAUCAAGGGAGAGUGAUAUUCAGGGAGCAUGCUCCUGCAUGUUGCUUCUACUUUAUCAUCUCUGGAAAUGUUCUGGUGACUAGUGACCAAGAGCCGGACCACACAUUGACUGCUGGGACCUCGUUUGGGGAUGAGUCUAUCAUUGACAAGACUGUCAGGACCAUGACAUGCUCUGCUCUGACACCUGUGGAGCUAUUGGUCAUUAGUAAAAGUGUAAAUCUGUCAGUGUGUCUUAGUCACUGGCCACUGCACCUGCUAGAGUCACAUCCAGAUCAGUGUAAAGUGGCUAACUUCAAAACCAAUAGUGUGGUGGUCAAGGACAGCACCAAGAACCCAUGGGUGUACAUCAUCAUGACGGGAUCCUGCAGGGCCGUGAAGAGAUUUGUGUAUGGCAGUGAAGAUCAGGGUGAAAGAGUACAGAAGAGAAAGAGCUACUCUAAUCCUGCCGAUGUCAGUAAACUAGCAGGUGAGAGUGCAGGAACCAGACAACCACCAGCCACAGGGAUACUGCGACAACAGAUGCUCUUGUCACAGAAGAAGAAUAAGCAACCCCACCUUGCCCAAGGUUAUUCUCCUGAACAAGUGCAGAGAAAGGGACAUCGUCUUCCACACACAAUCUCUACCCCUCAAAUCUCUGUGAGAAGACCUUUACCAAAGAAGCAAUUCCUACUCCAACUACAACUCUUGAAGCCCAAAGACACUUUUGGUUUAUCGUCGUUUGUGUAUGAAGAUGAGCCAAGCGUCACACUGGUGAGCAAUGGAGCUGAGGUGGUAAUGCUCUCCAAAGAGUUUCUACACUUACAUUUCAAAGAGACAACUAGAGGCAAACUAAAACAUCAGAUCUCACCGUUUCCGUCACAAGAAACAAUGCUCAAGAGAAUCAGGGAACGCUACUCGUAGAACACACACAAUCAUCACACACAUGCAGAAGACACAUGUAAUCACACCCCAGGAGAAGAAGUUAAAGGACCAAAAGUACAUAAAAACUGCAUGUAUGUUACAAUCCAGAUGCGAAAUAAUAUAGUUGCAAAGAAAGCCACCAACAUGAAUGAAAGAGUGCGGGCUAGGCAGGAUCGUCAAUCGAGAAGUUAUCAAACUGUGCAGGGUAGUAGCCUCCCGUGCCCAAGGCCACAAACCCAGGACGAUUGUUCUUUGCCUCAGCACUGUCUGACACACUAGCUCCUCUGUUCCCACUCACUCUCACACUGACCGAUGUGUGCUCAACUUUAAUCUGGAGUGUAUACCACUGUUGCAGUAGCACAGAGAAUCUUCCUGACUUCAACUGUUCAUUCCCAGCUGAAACAUGAAACAACAACUAUGCAGGAGCCAACGAAACUGUUUAACUUUCCGCCGAGGUCUGAAUUGUUGGUUCGUGUGCCAUAAAGCAACACCAGUGACUUUUAUAGCUUGGGAAUUGUAUGUACGU